UAAAUCCUAUUUACUUUGAAUGUAAUUGGGCUUUCUUUCAAAGUGGAAAGAAAACGAAAAAUUUUAAAAUUUUAAAAUUAUCAAUAGAGAAUAGCAUAUUAAAUCAGUUUAUUUAAAUAUCUCAUGUAUACUUAGUACUUGAAUUACUUGAAAAUUACAAAAAAUGUUUGCAUUCAUGGAAAAUGUAGAGAAGCCGCCUCUUGGCAACCGAAAGUCGUACAUGCCCAUCACAGAAGCCAGGUUAAUAGACGAAGUCGAGAGGUACAUUGCCCAGCCGGAGUUCUCUUCGGAUGUCCAAGUGGCCCUGAAGCUGCAACGCAUCUUCUAUUUGCAGUACAGCGAGCUGGCUGCCAAGUUGGAGACUGAUCUCGCUGCAGUGCUAACGCGUUUGGAUGCUGCCAAGAGUAACUUGGAACUGGUGAAGAAGUUCAUAGACAAUCCAGGCGAGGAGUUCCAGAGCCUGGUGCAAGUAGCCCAGGGAGUAUUCAGAUGGGUGACCGUUCUGCCAGUGGAAAAGGUUUCCCUUCAAGUGGGCACGGCACUGCAAAUGAAGUUUGACCUGCCCGAGGCUGAGGAAUUCAUCAGAAAGGACAUUACAAGCCUGGUGAAGCAGCGGCUGCAGCAUGAGCACGACAUUGACUUUCUGCAGGAUCAGGUCAACACAAUCGAGAUGAAUCUAGCGGUUUUGUAUAAACAUGGUGUCGAUAAGCACAAUCGAGUUACGCAAGAUGGCUUGGGGGGUCCUUAGUAUUUUGUAGUUUUCAAAUUCUUUGUGUUUAAAGGGUCAUAUCUUUCAAAUUUUUCGUUGCAUACCAAGUAAAAUUUGUUGAACGAGUUUCCUUUACAAUUAUGGUUAGAGUCGCGCCUUAAAUUUUUGUUAAAUUAAAUAAAGAAGCAUAUAA